AUGAUUUUAAACCGAGACUUGAGAGAUCGUUUGGAAACAGCCAAAUCAACAGCUAGCCAGUCAGGAGACGAAGGGACCAAGAUGGAUGGACACUUGUAUCUUUCACAGAGAAGCGAAAGCCCGAAAGGUCUUGAAAAAUUAGAGAUGGAGGCAGCCAAUCUCCAAUCAGCCAAUGAGGAUCAGCUACGACACAUUGAGAUCUUAGAGCAGGCUUUAAAUAAUGCUCAGAGUAAAAUCCUUAAGCUAGAGGAAGAGUUGAGUAAAAAGCAGAAGUAUGUGGAGCAGGUGGAGCGGUUGCAGAAGGCACUAGCACAACUCCAGGUCGCAUGUGAGAAACGUGAGCAGCUGGAACAACGUCUGCGUACUCGCCUGGAGAGAGAACUGGAAUCAUUGCGAACACAACAGGUCAGUGCUUGAAACUUUUUCAUUAGAAUUUUAGGGUUUACAAAACUGGUAACAUUUUUGGUUUAUUUUCAUUUCUUUUUGUUUUAUAAUUCUUUCCACAAUCUAUUUCCUAAUCAGAUUUAUAGAAAAUUGUGCCUUAAUUUCCUAAA